GUGGCGCACGGGGGCGCACUGAGCGCUGCAGAUGUGUCGCAGAUUUAAAAAGUCACUGUACUCAUCUAGUACAAGGAAAUGGAGCAGUGCAAAGGAUAAAAUACUGAAUGGUAAACAAGGCAGCGGAAGAGCGGGAACGUGUGCAGCCAUUCUAACAGUGCAUGGGAUUUGCAAUUCAUAGUUACUUUAACGACCAGAAAGAAAAGCACAAAGACACAUUGACAGCUACUUCGUUAUUUUUAGGGGAACAACUUAACUGAUGGAACUGUCGGCAAUCGGUGAGCAAGUGUUCGCUGUGGAAUCAAUCAUAAAGAAAAGAGUUCGAAAGGGUCAUGUCGAAUAUUUAUUGAAGUGGAAGGGGUGGCCUCCCAAGUACAGCACAUGGGAGCCUGAGGAGCACAUUCUAGACCCUCGACUGGUUUUAACGUAUGAGGAAAAAGAACAGAGAGAAAGGUCAGUGAGGUGGCGUAAAAGAGGCCCAAAACCGAAAAGACUCUUCAUGCAGAGAAACAUUUACGCAAUGGAUCUACGCAGCGCACACAAAGAUACAGAGAAGUCUUCAGUACAUCUGCCGCUCUCGCUUGACCCAAGGUUCCAGUCCACAGGGGCUUGUAUAUAUCGACAAUUAACCCACCACAAGAAAAAGAAGAAAGCUUCCCGAGAGACUUCUGAGGAAGAAUGGGAUAGAAGAGAAGAAGAAGAUGAUGAUGAUGAUGAUGAUGAUGAUGAGGGGGUUAUGGAGGAGGAGGAGGAGGAAGAAAAAGAAGAAGAGGACACAAGACAAGGAGGAACUAAAACUGGCAGCAACACUUUAAACAAGCGUGUCAGGAGUGGUCGCUGGAGUCCAACCACUGGGUCAGAGGCAAUGACUAUAUCUCCUUUACCUGAAGACUGGAGUCCAGUUAUGGGCCCAGAGGAGGUCAUUGUGACAGAUAUCACCAUCAACUCACUGACUGUGACUUUUAGAGAGGCCUUGGUAGCAAGGGGGUUCUUCAGGAGCUGGGAGAUGGAGAUCUGACAUUACAGAGACUGAGGACGGUCAGAGCGAGGACGAAAGAGAAUUGUACAUCCUUUUUUGCAUUGUUGAUUAUGUGCUUGCACAACUUCCGCCAGUGUUUCAGACUACGUUUAUUUGCACUAUUAGUUCUAACUGAGUUAAAACCUUUCAAAAUGUUGUUUCAGUGAUUACAUUCAAAGUAACAGUAACAGGUCAUGCCAUUUAAUGGCAAUAACUGAUAGUAUGAUGAGAUUUUGAACUUGUAUUGGCCGUGAAAAAAAUCAAUCCAGUUCUUUGAUACUGGUUUUGAUGGUGUUUUGCAGUGAAGUUUACAGAUUCAACUAACUGGGAUAAACCUUAUUUGGUCUGGUCAUGUAUUUGCAUGAAAUACAUAAUGCUAGUUCAGAGUAGCACAAUGAAGUAUUCCUAAAAGCCAAGCUGUCACAUAUAUGUCUAUACAUAUUCACAUUACAUGUAUGUAUAUAUAUAUAUA